AUGCCAACCUUUCCUAUAUAUUUUGGAAUUCAAGGUGAUGCCGGUAAAAUCGCAACGAUGAAAGGUGACGUUGUAUCUGUCUUACAAGCAGGCUGUUGUGUUGGUGCAUUACUUGUCAACUUCCCUUCCGAUCGUUUUGGACGUAAGUGGUGCAUUGUUUGGAGUUCAGUUAUUUUCCUUGCUGGAUCAGUUAUGCAAGUUGUCGCUAAAAAUCUCGCUACCAUGAUGGCUGGCCGUUUCUUUGGUGGUGUGGGUAUUGGUGCAUGUUCAGCUUUAGUUCCCAUGUAUAUUGCAGAAAUUGCUCCACGUAAAUUAAGAGGUAGAUUGGGUACACUCUGGCAAUUUUUGAUUGUUUUGGGUAUUAUGGUCUCUUAUUGGAUUGAUUAUGCUUGUCUUCGAUCCAUGGCAGUCAGUGAUAAUCAAUGGAGAGUACCUCUCGCUAUUCAACUUGCCCCUGGUGUCAUUCUCUGUGUUGGUAUGGCUUUCUUACCCGAAUCAUUAAGAUGGCUUGCUCUCAAAGAUCGUGCUGAAGAUGUCAAAAUUAAUUUAUUAAAACUUCGUGAUUUGCCUGAAGAUCAUCCCGAAAUUAUUGAAGAGCUUGAAGAAAUCAAUGCAGCUGCAGAAUUCGAGAGAGAAUCCAAAUCCGGAAAAUGGACAGAAUUAUUUAACAGAUCUAAUUUACAUCGAUUAUUCAUUGGUGUCAUGCUUCAGAUCUUUCAACAAUGGACAGGAACCAACGCUAUUAACUAUUAUGCUCCUGAAAUCUUCCAUUCAAUUGGUUUGGACAGCAACGAAACAGAAAUUCUCGCUACUGGUGUCUAUGGUAUUGUCAAGGUUGCAUUUGUCUUUGUUUCCUUCUUUAUGGUCGACACCAAAUUGGGUCGUAGACGUACACUUAUGCUUGGUGCUAUUAUUAUGAUGAUCUCUUUCUAUGUUCUGGGUGGUAUGAUUUAUGGUAUUCAAAAAGAAAAUGGCGGAAGUCUUUCAUUACCAGGAGCUAAAGUUGGAGCCAAGGGAUAUAUUGCAAUGAUAUGUAUUUAUGUCUUUGCUGUUGGUUAUGAGUUCUCUUGGGGACCUGUUGUAUGGGUUGUCUGUUCCGAAAUUUAUCCUACUCGUAUCCGUGCAAUGGCAUUAUCUAUCGCCACUGCCGCCAAUUGGGCUAUGAAUGCCGCUAUUGCUAAGGUUACACCUCUUAUGAUUGCUAAAAUUACUUAUGGUACCUAUUUCUUUUUCGGUUCUUGUGCCGUCCUUAUGGGAUCAUUUGCCUAUUUCCUUUUACCAGAGACCAGAGGUCGCUCUUUGGAAGAAAUGGACGAGUUGUUCAACAAGGGACAAGUCUGGGCUUUCAAAGAUACAUAUGUUGUUGAUAAAGAACAAAUUAAACGUGACGAAGAAAACGGCAUUUUCAAGGACUAA